AAUAUAUAUAAAAAGUUGCGUUUGUUUACCGGAAACGCAAUCAAAUCGAGGCGGAGAGCGAACGCCGCGUUUGUAAAUUCGCUGCAGAGAGCCGAAAUAACUCUCACGCCACAAUAGAGGUGUUUGUGUCAUUAAACCCGCCACCACCCGACACAGCAAAUUAAUGCUGGUUGUUGUUGCUGUAAUUACCGGAGAAACGUCACGGUUACUCGAAUUGUUAAAUAUUGUAGCGGGUUUAUUCUCCAACACACAACCGGCUGUAUGUAUCAAAGAACGAAUUGUCCACUUUCGUUUACGUGACAAACCCCUGACUGAUGGGCCGAGUCGGGUGGCGGCGGCCGUGAGUUUAACGACGACACAACAUCGCAUAUUCACGCGAUAGAACCCCACUAAAGCAACCUCUGUCCGACAGGCCUGCUGCUGCUCCGUGUUAAACGAACCCCGCUCGCCUCACUGCGCCUAGCGCGAGUUUGUUUCGCGAGUACAGUAAUCAUCAUCAUAAUCAUCCUCAUCGUCGUCGUCGGAGACGUCUCGAGUUGGUGGCCGACUGAAGGGUUCACGAAGAGCGAGGAGGGGGGAAAGCUCCCUCUGAGUUGGCAUCCUCCCGUCGCAGUGCCGGUGGCCUCCGCCUCCCCCACGGCUUCCACCGUGCCGAGUGCGGCCCGCCGCGAGAGAGUCGCGGGCAGAAGAGGAAGAGGAGGUCGUGGAAGAGGAGGUCGUGGAAGAGGUGGAUGAAGAAGCGGGAGACAUCUUCUCUCAUGCGAGGCCGCUGGCUGGAUUUGGAACCAAGACCUCAGCUGUACUAGGUAGGAGAGAGCGUCUGUGCGGCUGGAGAGAGAGAGAGAAGCAUGUCAGCCCAGCCUGACCCCACACAGCCAGCAACUUCCAGCACAGCCACUGCAGCGGCGCCCUCGGUGCCAGGGCAGGCAGCGGAGUCAACCGUGCUAAUCGGAGGAGGAGAAGGAGGAGGAGAAGAAGGAAGGGAGGCUCCGGCAGUGGGGCCAGAGGAGGAUGUGAGACCGAGCGAUGUUGACAGUGGAAGUGGGCUCACCAAGUCGCAGCUGAAGAGGCAGCGGAAGAAGCAGAAACAGGCUACCAAGGGAAGCGCUCCAGCGGCCGCUGAGAAGGCGGACGUGAAGGAUGCGGGCGGCCACAGCGGCAGCUCGCCUGCCCUUCCCGUCGCCAAGAUGGAACGUGCGCCAGUGCAGCAACCUCCUUCAUCCCAGUUUGAGUUGGAGCUCGAUUGGUGCCGAGAGCAGCUGCAGCUGGGCCUGCACACGCGCAAGGCCUCGCCUAAACAAGCGGAGGAGGCGGCACGAGCGCUGCGCGUGCUGAGCAGCUCGAAGGCCCCGGCGGUGAAGAAGCGGCAGGUCAUGCAGGCCGUGUUCGGUGACUACCGCAAGAAGAUGGCAAGCGACAGGGCCAGGCACAUCCGGAGCAUGGAGACCGCCAUGAAGACCAUGAAGCUGGUGCCGGUGCCGGCGAAGCCUAAUAGCGUGUUCUACAAGGCAUGCGUCAGCAAGGAGGGCCGCAAGAGGCUCCACUCGGUCGGAGAGAACGCAUCCGCAGGCAACGCGCCGGCCUCCACGGGGGCCACGGCGGAGGCCAGCGCCACCCCUGUGGAAGUCCUCUCCGACGCUUGGCCCGCGAGCUUUGGGGCGCCGUCCGCCAGCACCGCCGCUGCCAUAGCUGCGACCACAUGCCCAAACGGUUUCCGUUGUGCCGCACGAGAGUUUAAAUUCAACUUUUUUGAUGCGUCGGAGAGCUGAUCUUCGGCGGUGAGUGUCAAGGAGGGUCGAGAUAGGUCACCUCUUCAUUACGCUCUCCCCAUCUCUUUCGUCUGCCAGAUCCCGCAAUUGGGCACAACAGGCACAUCCGCUCUCCAAAUGGUUUUACAGGCUUCCCCCCUGGCAGGCUGUGGCUUCUUUGCCUUCAUUGCUGGCCUCUUGGUGUGAGACUGCAAAUUGUCUGUUUCCAUAACAACCUGCCCUUCCUAUAAUUUGAACUGAAUUACGCUCACAGCGAGCUCUGCUGACACAUUCUCUCCUGAACUUUCAACUCCCUCACUCUGCCGCGAACCUCUUAGAAUCCCUGGCACGCUCAAAGGGGCCACAUUAUUUUUUCCAGUUGCUUUUAUCUCAUCCAUUAUUCUCGCUUGUAUUGUAACAAAGCCAUCACUUUAGGCUGUACUCAUACCGGAAUAUCUCUCGUCAAUUAAAUCGGAAUACUUUGUAAAACGACUGCAGUGGUGUGGAUACAUGCAUGUAUGUUGGACUUCCUUUUUCACCGUACGUCGCCAACCGUAAUAAUCGGAGGUGCGAGGGAAGAACAACAAACUUUGGGUCGCUGUGUGAGUCUAUAAAUAAAUAAAUAAACCGUGCCCUAUUUUCAAGCGAGAUAAGCUA